GCUGCAGCAGUGACAGCUAAUGGCGAUGAGCAUCAGCAUCGAGGCAAGCCACAGCUGUAAUGAGGAAAGGGUGGGGGUGCAAUUCUGGAAGAUUCUGCAGGAAUCUUACGAGUGGACCCCAUUUCAUUCGUUUAUUGUGGGGACUGUUCUAGGAGCUAGGUGGCUUAGCCUUCCCUGUCAAAGCCACAACUGUGGUGGCUAAAGGUAUUAGGAGCCAAAUGACUGGAACGCGCUGAUUCCCUCCUCACUGCAGACAUGUCAAAGAGACCAUCCUAUGCCCCUCCCCCUCCCCCGGCCCCUGCAACACAACUGCCCAACACUGCCGGGUUUGUAGGCUACAACCCGUACAGCCAUCUGGCCUACAACAACUACCGACUGGGCGGGAGCCAGAGCAGCAACAGUCGGGUAACGAAUUCCUCUGGAAUAAAUAUUCCAAAGCCGCCAAAGCCUCCCGAUAAGCCAUUGAUGCCGUAUAUGAGAUAUAGCCGUAAGGUUUGGGAUCAAGUAAAAGCCUCCAAUCCUGAUCUGAAGCUAUGGGAAAUUGGGAAGAUAAUCGGUGGCAUGUGGAGGGACCUCACUGAUGAGGAGAAACAGGAUUAUUUGAAUGACUACGAAGCAGAGAAGAUUGAGUAUAAUGAGAGCAUGAAGGCCUAUCACAACUCGCCAGCGUACCUGGCCUACGUCACUGCAAAAAGCCGGGCCGAGGCGGCCCUGGAAGAGGAGAGCCGCCAGAGGCAGUCCAGGCUGGACAAGGGCGAGCCGUACAUAAGCAUUCAGCCAGCCGAGGACCCAGAUGAUUACGACGACGGGUUUUCCAUGAAGCACUCUGCUGCGGCCCGUUUCCAACGCAAUCACCGCCUGAUCAGCGAGAUUCUUAGUGAGAGCGUCGUCCCAGAUGUGCGCUCAGUCGUGACCACCGCUCGCAUGCAGGUCCUCAAACGCCAGGUCCAGUCUUUGAUGGUACACCAGAGAAAGUUGGAAGCAGAGUUGCUUCAGAUUGAAGACCGCCACCAGGACAAGAAAAGAAAAUUCCUCGACGCCACAGAGUCCUUCACGAAUGAGCUCAAAAGGCUGUGCUGUCUGAAGGUGGAAGUGGACAUGGAGAAGAUCUCUGCAGAGAUUUCUGCAGCAGAGGAAGCCGCUCGCAAACGAAUGGCCGAUCGCGAUAAGGACGGAGGAGACCGAGGCGCAAGAGACGCUCGGACCUGUGUGUUGGCAGAAGAAGAAAAACACAUUUGUGCCACACAUGGGAACAAGCCCCAGCAAAACUCUCAAAGUGAAAACAGCAACAAAGAAGGAGAGGAAGCAGAAUCCAACUCAACACAUACACCAGGGAAGCCAAAAGUUCCAGACGAGCUUGAGACUCAUCCAGGCGGGGAGGAGGGGGCAUCAGAGGACAAGGAGAGCGUCCCAGAGGGAGCCAUGGAGGAGGGAACCAGCGACAGUAACACAGGCUCGGAGACCACGUUGACUCAGACAGAAGAGGCUCCGACUAGUGACCCGUCAGAGGGGUCCAGCAGGGCGAGAGCAGCCCACUGAGUCCGACAUAUUUCCCCAUCUGUGGACCGCGAGGCUCCCAAAUCAUCAUCAACCGUGAAUCACUACGUCUGCCGGUCUGCAGCAUCACCAUCUAAAAACACAUUGUGCAGUAUCAACUUAGUUCGAAAGAGAAUUCCCUGUCUCGCAGACAGGCUGAUGGAGACUGGCCAUUUGAAAAACAGCUGUCCCAUGAAACAGACAUUGUUCAGUGUUAUAUUAGACUUUGUCCUUUGUAUUGUAAUUCCCUUGUCGCUUUAAUUGUUAUUUUUGCAUGAGGCAAUGUUAAAAAAUAAGUUGGCAUACUUGCCAUGCUGCGUGACCAUCUCCUUGUCAGGAGAAAGUUUGUUUACCCCUCGUAUCAGUAUUACAGUGACAGUAUUGUCUCAGGAGUUUGUAAUCAGUAGUAGUUAUUUAUUAUCAGCAUUUUAAUUAAACUUGUGUUUUGGUUGUCCCAGUUCAUCCAAUGAGUACAUCACAUGAUCAUAAAUGCUGUACAAUGCCUGACUACCAGUGUUCUCAAGUUUGCUAGCUCUCAAUCAAAUCAAAAGCAGUAUGCUUAGGAAAUAUCUGUGUUAUGAUGAAUAUUGCAAUUUUCUGUACCGUAAUGGUGUACACAGUGUAACGAGGUUUGCUUAAACAUGGCUUUUCCUGUCGUGAAACAGCUUGAAGAACUCAUUGACAUGCAGUCUUACAAUGAAUUUCCUUUUUGCAUAUUUAUACCAAUAAACUUUUCUACCCUGAAAAAGUU